UGAAGUGUUUGUUUAAUUUGUUGGGAUUGUUUGAGGUUAACUAAACUAGAUGGCGAUAGAUCUUUGUUUUUAUUACAUGGCAACAGUAUUAAUUUAAUGAUGAUGAUUAAAUAAUUUUUGAUCGCAACAUUUAAGUUAGAGUGAGAGAUGAUUAAAAGGUUUAAAAAGUGAAAAUGUUUAAUGUACGAACAAUUUACGUGAAGAUUUUAUUUAAUUUAACAGUUUUUCUCAGUUUGCUGUUGGUGUUUUUAUGUACAUUCACAAUUCUCGAUGGGGUUCGAAUUAAAGAAACGCAUUCCUCCGAUACCCAGCGUCUUCACAAUUCGUGGAACGAUACCAUUAAAAAUGAAUCGAAAAUAAUACAACCCGACGAUGAUUUCAACGUGUGGUUGAUUUUUACUAAAGUUAUCGAUAAAUCACCGUUAAUGUAUAAUUUUAAACAUUUAAUAAACAAUUUAUUGAAAAUUAGCUCAGUGCCUUUACAUUUUCAUAUAUUUGUUGAUAGCAAUUCACAAAUUAUUGCUGAAAGUAUUUUUAAUACAACAGAAAAUUUUAUAUUCAAAUAUACGUAUUAUAAUGUUCAUUCUGCAGCGAAUAGUAUUAUGGAUAUUGUUGAUAUUAUGAAACCACAUUUUAGUUCCCGACCAGGAACAUAUUAUAGCGACUCAUUAUUUUAUUUAUCAUUAGGAUUAUAUCGCAUAGCACCUAAGACACAAAAAACAGCUGUUAUGCUUGACUGUGAUGUAUUUUUUAAAGAAGAUAUAUUAAAUUUAUUUAACGAAUUUAAAAACUUUAAUGAAAGUACUCUUUACGGCUUAGCUCCAGAAUUAACCCCUGUUUAUCGACACGUUUUGUAUUCAUACAAAUUGAAGCAUAAUACAAGACUGGGCGAUUCCUAUCCGAACGGUUUCCAAGGUUACAAUUCUGGCGUGAUCUUAAUAAAUCUUAGUGCAAUAAGAAAAUCAAACGAAUACAGGCAAAAGGUGCUCUCAACCGAAUUUGUAUCCACACUCACGUCCAAAUACAAUUUUAAGGGCCACUUGGGAGAUCAAGAUUUUUACACUCUACUUGGUUUCGAACAUCCGCGGUUUUUUAAAACUUUAUCAUGUGGUUUUAAUCGACAACUUUGCACCUGGUGGCGGGAUCAUGGCUAUAAGGACAUAUUCGAAGAUUAUUUUAAGUGUAAACAAAAAGUUAUUGUGUUACAUGGUAAUUGUAAUACUCGAAUUCCUAGAAAAUAAAUUAUUUUAUUUGUUUUA